CUGAAUAAAGCGAUACUUAGUGAAGAAAAUAUGGAAAAAGUUUUAUAUUGCAUAAAUGGCUUAUACUUUAAAGAAAAAUGUGGGUUAAGUUUUGAUAAAGCCUGACCAAUGAGAAUCUUCUUCAAGUUACUGUGGAGUGGCUUUACUGCUGUAAAUAAUCCUGUUGGCCACAUCCCAGUACAGUGCAGAUGAGAAAAGGAUGCAGGAAAUUCUGUUGUUUACAUAUGUGUCUGUAACACUGAGAAGCAAGAGGAGCCCAGCAAACUCGGAGGGAGUGGAAUUGGAUGAUUAAUCAAAACAUUAAUUUAGGCUCAGUUCAGAAACUAAUGGAAGAAAUGCAGGUUUUUGAGACCCAACCAAGGCAACCUUAUGAAUUGGCUGAAGGCUGCCAACCAGAUGGCCAUUUGUGUAAUUCAAAUCUGCCAUCUCAAAGUUUCUACCCAUAUUCAUCUUAUUAUCCAUACAUGCGUGCAAAUUACAGCAGUGACUGGGAAAUUUCUGAAGCAGUAAAAAUUCAGGAACUGGAAGAAGUCAAAGCCAGAGCUGCCCAAAUGGAGAAGACCAUGCGCUGGUGGUCAGAUUGUACUGCUAACUGGAGGGAGAAAUGGAGCAAAGUUAGAGGAGAAAGAAAUGAAGCCCAAGAGGAAGCAAGACAAUUGAGAAUCAAAUUAGACAAUGUUGUAAAAGAACUGAGUAUGCUUAGAAAAAUAAAUCAAGAUUUAGUAAGUGAGAAGAAAAAUUUAGAAGAUGCAACUGCUUGGAAAACAGAAUUCAGUUGCUCAGAAAUAUCUUAUAUUAAAAAAGACCUAAACCAGCUCACAUUUCUGGAACGAGAACCUGUGAAUGAGCUGAGCAAAAUUAACAAGAUUCCUGGAAUAGAAGACACAAAGGUAAAGAAUGGGGAAUUGGAUGUAUUCAAAGACCCAAGUAAUCACAAUCAAAAAAUUGCUCCAAAGCCUCACGAUUCCUUUCCCAGUGUCAUUCCCAGCACUUAUUUGGAGGAACAUAAAAAAAGUUUGGACAGUACAGCUGAGACAACAGAGAAUGAUUUAAUACAUGUUUCAGUCUUGCAUUUGCAGUUGGCUGAAAUGCAGAAAAUCUUGCAGAAGGAAAGAGAAAUGAAUGCAUUUCUGCAAAAAGAAAUGGAAAAGAUAGAAAAUGAAUUAUAUCUUUGGAAAUGGAAAUAUGAAGAACUGCAUCAAACCAAGCUGGAAAGCCUCAGACAGCUGGAAAGACUGCAGUUUGAGAAUACCUCUGGAUGGGGGAAGAGAGAGAGACUUGAAGCAGUAAAGCAAAGUUUGGAAGAAGAGAACAGAAGUUUGAAAAUGCAGGUAAAAGAAAUUCAAGGGCUUCCUUAGAUGAAAAAUAAAGCAACACUAAGUAAUUGUGAUCAUCAAAAUGCACUAAGUAAGCGGCUGAUCAAAAAUAAGGUAUGUGCAUUGCUUCAUUUGGUUACUCGGGGAGCAGUCCCCUAAAUAAUUACUAUUUCAUAAUGUCAGAAUGUGUUCCUGAAAGAAUGAUUGUGCAAGGUAGAACAGCCUUGUUAGCAUCUCAGACCUGGACAAUUAGAACUCAAUGACUUUGAAUUUCUGUAGGGUAGAGAAAUAGCAAGAAGCAUCUUUUCAUAUUUAAAAGGAGCAGGAGGAUAUGACAAGUCUGACAAAACUUGGGAGCAAAAGUGGAGACUGGUAGGAAGAGAAGAAACUGAGGAAGUUUCAUAGCUGCAGAGUCCUGAUGAAGGUCAAAGCAAAAAAAGCUGUGAGAAUUUUUUUGUUGUGCUGAAUAUUGAAUCUCUUCUUAGGGAAGAGAGAGCUGAAGGAAGGGUCUUAUUUCUUAUUUUUGAUUUCUCUAAAGAUCUGAUCACUUUUAAAUCUUAUUGUACUGCUAAAAAUGCUGUGAUAAAUUAUUCAGAGACUUUUAGCUGUGAGUAUUUCUUUUAUUUUGUGGUUUUCUAUGCCAGUAAUUAACUAGCAAUUCAGAAGGCUCCUAAUUUCAAGGUGACUCUGAAAGCUGGGUGAAAGAAAGCGAAAAA